AACGAACCUAAUUAUAUAAACAAACCCGAUUAUAUAAACGAACCCGAUUAUAUGAACGAACCUGAUUAUAUGAACAACCCCGAUUAUAUGAACGAACCUAAUCAUAUGAACGAACCCAAUUAUAUGAAUAAACCUGAUCAUAUGAACGAACCUGAUUAUAUGAACGAACCUGAUCAUAUGAAUGAACCUGAUUAUAUGAAUGAACCCGAUCAUAUGGACGAACCCAAUUAUAUGAAUAAACCCGAUUAUUGUUUUGAACCCGAUCAUUUUUUUGGUCCUGAUUUUUAUUUUGAACCCGGUCUUUUUGAAUCUAACCUUGUUGAUAAUCAAACAGCUUCCGCAUUGACCUUUCAAAAGUCUCAUCUUUGUGAGUCUAAUACAAUGCUGGCUAAUAAUAAUUCACUUGACAGUGAAUCAGAUGAAUCUAAUGACUCACCUUUAGAAUUG